AUGCUAAAACCUCAAUAUCAUGAGAUGUACGAGUGGAAUUACACAGACAGAGAAAAUGAUUGCAUAAUAGAAUUUCAUUUUCCUGGAACAUUUAAUCCAGAUUGUGUAGAAUCCAAGCUCAAUAACAAUAAAACAGCGUUAAUGGUUUCCUUUGCAGGAAAUCCUCCAAUAGUAUGCGGAGCAUUAUUCGGAACUGCAUCCGGAAUCGAAAUUUCUUUAAAAGAACAAACAUAUUCCAUUGUAAUUACAAAGAAUCAAAAUGAAAAAUGGCCAAUUCUUAUCAAAAUGGUCCAUCCUGAUUACCAAACAAUUGACCCAAAGUCAGCCUUUAUUUGUUACCAAGAAUUAUGUUCACUUCCUGAUGACAAAACCAGCCAAAAUCUAGCCAUUCAAUUUCUCGAAAAAAGCGCGAAUGCUGGCUACUUAAAUGCUUUGCAAAUUCUUGGGCAAAUCUAUCUCAAUACAGAAGAUCAUUAUGCUGAAGGAGCAGUAUUAUUAAAACACGGUGCAGACAAAUAUAAAGAUCCCAUCUGCUGUUAUCAUAUUGGUCUUGUCUGUGUAUCACAUAUUGAUGAAAUUGACGCAGGAAUUCAAUACCUUACUCGUUCCGCAGAAGGAGGAUACGGAAUGGCUAAUUUCACACUUGGCCAAAUUUAUUCUCCUAUCUCAAAUAUUAAAUACGAGCAUAAAGAUGGCGCAAAGGCUAUGCAAUAUUUCAAAUCUGUUCCUGAAGAAAAUAUCACUCCAGCCCUUCUCACUGAAAUGGCUCAAUUUUACGAACAAGGAAUAGGUGUAGAAAAGGACGAAAAGAAAGCUGAAGAGCUUCGAGGAAAAGCUAACGAAAUGAUACAAAAAAUGUUAGAAACUGCAAAAGCAAACCAUCAAAUUCUAUCAGCUGAUGAUCAACAAGACAUUUCGAAACAGAAUACACCAAAAACUUCUACAUCUCAAACAAUUUUUAUGGUUGGAGCAAUUUCUGCUUUCGUUGCUGGCUUUGGAUACAUGGUUUAUAGAAGAUUCACUAAGUAA